AGUGAGAAGGCAGGCAGGAGCCCGAGAGCGCGCUCGUGGAAGGCGAAGAGAAGCAGGGCAGGCGCCCAGAGUCCCGCUCCGGAGCCCCGAGGCUGUUGGGGAUCCCAGGGGAGCCCUUGUGCCUCCGGAGCCCUGGAUGGUGGAGGAGCCGGAGGCAUGCGGCGCCGGGGCCCUUCGCUGCCCCAGCUGCUCCAGGGGCGGCUGCUGCUGCUGGCGCUGCUUCUGCUGCUGCUGCUGGAGGCGCGGGGCUUGGCGGGAGCCCCAGGAACAAACAUGUCUGUUGUGGCUGCUGCUAAUUUAACACCUACGCCUUCAUGGAACAUAUCAAGUGAACUAGACAAAGAUUAUUUCUUGACUCUUGAUGAGCCCAUGAACAAUAUCACCACUACACUAGGUCAGACAGCAGAACUGCACUGUAAGGUAUCUGGUAAUCCUUCUCCAACUGUCCGUUGGCUGAAAAAUGAUGCUCCUGUUGUACAAGAACCCAGAAGGAUAUCUUUCCGUGCAACAAGCUAUGGGUCUCGGCUGCGAAUAAGAAACCUUGAUACCACUGACACUGGCUACUUUCAGUGCGUGGCAACAAAUGGCAGGAAAACUGUUUCUACAACUGGCGUCCUCUUUGUGAAAUUUGGUCCUCCCCCAACAGCCAGUCCAGGAACAUCUGAUGAAUAUGAAGAAGAUGGAUUUUGCCAGCCAUACAGAGGAAUUGCAUGUGCAAGAUUUAUUGGAAACCGAACCAUCUAUAUGGAGUCUCUUCAUAUGCAGGGUGAAAUAGAAAAUCAGAUCACUGCUGCCUUCACCAUGAUUGGAACCUCCAGUCAUUUAUCUGAUAAAUGUUCCCAGUUUGCUAUUCCUUCUCUGUGCCAUUACGCUUUCCCAUAUUGUGAUGAGACCUCUUCAGUUGCAAAGCCACGAGAUCUGUGCCGUGAUGAAUGUGAAAUUCUAGAAAAUGUCCUUUGCCAAACUGAGUACAUCUUUGCAAGAUCCAACCCGAUGAUUUUGAUGCGUUUAAAGCUGCCUAAUUGUGAAGAUCUUCCACAACCUGAUAGCCCUGAAGCUAUAAAUUGUAUCCGCAUUGGCAUUCCUAUGGCAGACCCAAUCAAUAAGAACCACAAAUGUUAUAACAGCACAGGCGCGGACUAUCGAGGGACUGUGAGUGUCACUAAAUCUGGGCGACAGUGUCAGCCGUGGAAUUCCCAGUAUCCUCACAUGCACACCUUCACUGCUGUCAGAUAUCCAGAGCUGAAUGGGGGCCAUUCCUACUGCCGUAAUCCAGGCAAUCAGAAAGAUGCUCCAUGGUGCUUCACCUUAGAUGAAAAUUUUAAAUCGGAGCUUUGUGACAUCCCAGCCUGUGAUACAAAGGACUCCAAGGAAAAAAAUAAAAUGGAAAUCCUCUAUAUAUUGGUGCCAAGUGUUACAAUCCCCCUGGCUAUUGCCUUAUUGUUUUUCUUCAUCUGCAUGUGCCGUAACAAUCAGAAGUCUUCCUCCCCUCCAGUCCAAAGACAGCCUAAGCAUGUCCGAGGGCAGAAUGUAGAGAUGUCUAUGCUAAAUGCAUACAAACCAAAGCAGAGCAAAGCUAAAGAGCUACCUCUUUCUGCUGUCCGUUUUAUGGAAGAGUUGGGUGAAUGUGCUUUUGGCAAAAUCUACAAGGGACAUCUUUAUCUGCCAGGCAUGGACCACGUUCAGCUGGUGGCAAUAAAGACAUUGAAGGACUGCAACAAUCCACAACAGUGGGCAGAGUUCCAGCAAGAGGCCUCUUUGAUGGCAGAGCUGCAUCAUCCUAACAUUGUUUGUCUCCUUGGAGUUGUGACUCAGGAGCAACCGGUCUGCAUGCUUUUUGAGUACAUGAACCAGGGGGACCUGCAUGAAUUUCUUAUCAUGCGGUCACCACAUUCAGAUGUUGGAUGUAGCAGUGAUGAAGAUGGUACUGUGAAAUCCAGUUUAGAUCAUGGGGAUUUCCUGCACAUAGCCGUCCAGAUUGCAGCAGGGAUGGAAUACUUAUCAAGCCAUUUUUUUGUUCAUAAAGAUCUGGCUGCUCGCAACAUUUUGAUUGGAGAACAGCUCCAUGUGAAGAUUUCUGAUUUGGGAUUGUCAAGAGAGAUCUAUUCAGCAGACUAUUACAGAGUUCAAAAUAAGUCGCUUUUGCCCAUACGUUGGAUGCCCCCAGAGGCAAUUUUGUAUGGCAAGUUCUCUUCUGAUUCAGACAUCUGGUCCUUUGGCGUUGUCCUGUGGGAGAUUUUCAGCUUUGGUCUCCAGCCCUAUUAUGGUUUUAGUAACCAAGAAGUCAUUGAAAUGAUUAGGAAGCGACAACUUCUGCCAUGCUCUGAGGACUGCCCUCCUAGAAUGUACAGCCUGAUGACAGAAUGCUGGCAUGAGCUACCACCUCGGAGGCCAAGAUUUAAAGACAUCCAUGUCAGGCUGCGCUCUUGGGAGGGGCUGUCAAGCCAUACUAGCUCUACUACUCCUUCUGGUGGAAAUGCUACCACUCAAACAACUUCCCUCAGUGCAAGUCCAGUUAGUAACCUAAGUAACCCUAGGUACCCUAACUACCUAUUCCCGGCACAGGGUAUACCACAAAGCCAAAUUGCUGGAUUUAUUGGUCCACCAAUACCUCAAAACCAGCGAUUUAUUCCUAUUAAUGGAUAUCCAAUUCCUCCUGGAUAUGCUGCUUUUCCAGCUGCCCACUAUCAACCUGCAGGCCCACCAAGGGUCAUCCAACACUGUCCUCCACCAAAGAGUCGUUCACCAAGCAGUGCAAGUGGAUCAACUAGCACUGGUCAUGUGACUAGUUUGCCUUCUUCCGGAUCCAAUCAGGAUGCAAAUAUUCCUUUACUGUCUCACAUGUCAAUGCAAAACCACCCAAGUGGGAUUAGUAUAACUGUUUUUGGAAAUAAAACUCAGAAACCCUACAAAAUUGACUCCAAACAGGCAUCUUUAUUAGGAGAUUCCAAUAUUCACGGGCAUAAUGAGACUGUAAUUUCAGCAGAAAUCUAAAUGAGAACACUUUGUAAAUAAAACUAUUUACAACAUGGAUUAGAACAAUUUAGAUAAGAUUUAUAUUCAAAUAUUUUAUUGGAGAUUCUUCUGGUUGUACAAAGAGAUAUUUGCAGUAUCUUCUGUGAAGUUUAUUUUUGCUUAACAGGAUAAAGAGGUGCCAACCAGACCUUUUUUUUUCAAGUAGCCAACACUCAACAUCUUAAAUCUGCUUUUAUUUUACACAUUUAAGGAGAGAGAGAAAAUUUUGUGUGAUUGAUUUUUUUAAAAGAAACAACUUUGAGACAUUUUAUUUAAUCACAGUUCUUUAAAGCAAGUAAUUCCUAUCUCAGCUACCUUAUUUUCUUUGGACAACUUUUUUUUAUUUGUUUGUUUGUAAUUCUCAUGAAAAGUAAUUAUAGUGAUGCAGAAUGAAAAUUUCCCUCCUGGUUAGUCCUUCAUGUUAUGGGAGCAUCAAAAACAGAUGCAUAUGAAAACACAAAUGGUGAUCUGUUAAACUAGCAUAUGGACAAAUGUGUUUUUAUCCUGUUCGGAUGGCACAUGUUCAGCAUUGACUUGAUUGUUUCUCAUCCUUCUCUAAAUGACAUCCACAUAAUCAGAAAGUGGAUGUGCAAUAUCAGAUCAGAAUGAAACUUUUGUAUCCUCUUCAGACAAAAAUCUAAACACAUUCUGGCAAGUUUUGACCUUUUAUGGGGUAGAUAAAUUAUUUUAAGCACAGUUUGUAUCUAAUGAAAGGCCUACAUUCAUGCAUACACGCAAAAACACAUUAUUUUGUGUUAUGGCACAAAAUGUACUUAUGCCAGAACAGUACAAGUGAAGAACACCUAGAAUAUAAGAACCAUUAAAGAAUGGUGUAUAAAUGUGUAAAAAAUUAAAUGAUAAAUGAGUAAACAAAUAAUGUUUCUUGCUUUUAUAUCUGUAGUUGCAAUAGAAUUUGUAUCUUUUUGUUGCUAUGCAACCCUUUAAUUAAAGAAAGCUCUAAAUUCUUAUGUUUUAAUAAACAGACAAUCAGUUUUCCCAAUAAUAUUUAUUAUGUCAAAUAAAAUUAAUAUCUUUUGUAGUGAUGACCCUGAAACAGGAAUUCUGCAUUCCAGCAAAUAUACCCCACAAUUUUCUAAGUAUUUUCUAUGAUAACUUUUGUACGUCAUUUUUGAAUAAUGUGAAUUAGAAUUAACUUUUUACUAGAAAAUAUGGCAACUGUAUUACUUCAAUUUUAUUCAGGUGUAAUCAGUCUGGAUUAUUUUGAAACCACUGUAAUGUUUUUUUAAAAAAUACUUUGUAAAGUACAACUUCUCAGAAUAUUUUUAAUUGAAUUUGUUUUUGUAUGGAGUAUACACACCAAAUUUCUCAGACACUUGACAGUAAUUUUUUUCAAAAUCUUUUGCACAAAAAAGUAUUUUCAUUUUUGUAUAGCAGAAUUGAAAAAUACAUCAUGCUUUGUAUUUCUUGGUCUCUUUCUCAUUUUUCAAGUAGAUGGGGAUAUCUUGAAAAUAUAUGGUGAUAUUGGAUGAUUGUUUCAAUACAUAUUUGGUUGUUCCAUUGCAUGCAUUUCAAAACUCUGUUAUGUUAUUAAUAGUCUUAUUAAGGCUGUUGCACUGAGGUAAGCACAGAACUGUAGUAACACAGGCUAUUUUAUACAGAGGCUAAGUGCGUUUUGUAUUUCAGAAACCAGAGUAAUAUUAAACACUGAUUAUUAUAUGCUGAUGAUUAUCAAAUCAUGGUUUUGAGAUGAUACAUAAUUUCUAUAUACAUAAUUUCUGAAUAAUAGUAUAGAUAAGUGUUCUGAGAUUCUCAGAUGGAUUUAAAACUACACCCUGAUCAUCUUCCCCACACAUAUACACCAAUUGAGACUGUUGUUAACAGAUUGCUUUUUAUCAGGAUAACAGAAAUUUUCAUAACAUCUGUCAUUUCAAGUGUUUGAAAAGAAUGGUGAGAUGACAGGGAUAGCUGAGUAAAAUGUUUAAUGUUCUCUAAAGUCAUUACCAGAAUUUGGAAAAGCAUUAUUGCUCAUGUAGUACUAGGGAAUUGAAUAAUACAAUGAAAAGUUUUCCCUGCUUCACCCCAUUCCUCUUCCUUUGGCUUCUCCCACCCUUCUGCCAUCCCUUUGUGCUUUUCACCAGUCCUCUGCUUUACUAGGUUAUUAUAGCUAUACCUCAGUUAGAUGUGUUCCUGGGCAUUUCUUCUUUAAGAGAAAAUUUGGUACCAGAGGCAGAGGUACCAUGAUAGGACUAGGGACAGGUCCCUGCACCGUAAAAAAAGAACAGUUCAGCAAACCUUUUAUUUAAAACUAAUAACAGGUGCAUAUGAAAUCAAACAACCAAAUCAGAAACCUUGCAAAAAUAACAUUUUGAACAUUCUGGUGAUCAUUUGAAAACAGUGGUAUCACUAUGGGUGUGUGGACCACGCUAGGUGACUCCAUCAGAGGGGGUGACAUGAGGCAGCAGUAAAGUGUCCCAAGCCCCCUGGCCUGGAAAGAAAAGGGGGACUCUUCUUGGUAUGCCACUCCUCUUUGAGGGGAUGAGGACAGGGAUGAAGCUGCAGACCUUUCUCUCUGCUCAGCCUCUGGGGGGUGGAAUCAUGCCAUCCCAUGCUGGACUUGCUGCUCCUCUCAAAGGGGAAAGCCGCACUUCAGGCUCAGAGCCAGGUGGAGGUCCCCUGAGACUUGUGGACAGAGGAGGAGGUGAUGGUGAUGGUGGGUUGGUAGCAGGUGAAUGAUGGAAAUGAUGAAGGCUCACCCCAGCCUCCCUUGACUCCUUCCUGGUAUUCUCCAGAUGGUGCCUGGACAGGCAAGGUCCACCUUGCAGGCACACUUCAAGCCAAGAUUCUAGUCUGAGUGAUCCUAUCCAUUGCUCUCCUUGCCUUCUGCAUCACUGGCAUGUAGAUCAUGUGAAUAACUGCCACCGUGGAGACAGGCUGGCACAGGUCCUUCUCCAUUCAUGCUAUCAUCUGGGAUUAGGCAGGCAGUUUGCUAUGACCUGGAGAUCUUUCCCUUAAGAGGGAGGGGAGUGGCAGGAUGCUGGGUUCCUCAUCUGCACCCCCAUCUCAGGAGCUCCACGGGGGCAACACCAACUCUAAUGAUCUCACUGUUUGCAGGUUUCUUCCAAAAAUGCAUCCAGGGAUGAUAUUCUAUAUUUCACAAAGCAGUUUCUCAUGCAACAUGGUGAUUCAGCUGCUGCUUGAGAAAAAGAAAGCAAAAGGCUCCUGGGGCUCACACUUCUUUAAAUUUUGGACACUGUUGGUAAACAAAUCAAAAAAUUGUUAUGAGAUGCAUUCUGGAUGAAAAGUCAGACUGUACAGAUCUUGGAUUGGAGAUUGUUUAGCUUAUUAUUUGCAUGUUUAAAUAUAGGUUUAGACAUUUGGCUGUGAAAACCAUGGUAUGGUCAUCAAA